AGGCGCCGUGCAGCCAGUUUUACGAAGUUGACAAAAUGGAACAAGAAGAGCGAGGAAGGUUGGCGAGGAUGACAGUGACGGAGCUAGACGACUUUCUCCGGAGACCCCCGAGCGGCUUCUCGGUGGAGAGCACCCCGCUGCGCAGCGUCGUCCGCGGUGACCCCGACACCAGCCUGCUGCUGGCCGACCCCUGCGACACGUCCGCGGGGAGCGUCGUCUUCCACGGCUCGCUGGGCAGGAGCAUCACAUUGACAGACUUGUGGCAGUACAGCGACUUCCGGAGGAGCCUGGUGUCCAAAAACAUUUUCAUGCUGGUGGCCACGCGCUCGCCUCAGUGCACAGAGGUUGCGAAGCGCUACGUGGUGUGUGUGCGGGGCGCCGACCCGGUGGUCCGGUGGCACAUGGAGGCGGGUCUGGACUGGACCAUCUCGUCGGUGGCGGGCGAGAGCUACGAGGUGGAAGUGGACCUGACCGACGCAUUGAACACGUGGGCGGCCCGCAACACGACUGGAAUCAAACCGGAGUGGGUUGACUCCUCCUUCACGCUCAAGUACCACUCCGAUGCACUUUUUGACUUCCCGCACUGGCUGGGAUUCAGCAAGAGGAAGUUCAAGUUGCGACUGUCCUGAUGGGGGCGCCUGACUGACUUUGGCGGAGAUGCGAUUGGAGGACGAAGCUUGUUCAGUCAACACGCUGCAUUAUGCUGUUAUUGUUUUCUAGUACUGUAUGAUGGAUGUGAUGUUUUGCACUGACGCAUUUAUACACUUUUUAUACUCUA